AUGGUCUUUAAUCAGAACUCCGGCCGCGCUGCGAGCUUCAAGAGCGCCUACGGCCCCAAGUAUCACUAUGAGCCCAACCUGAAUGGCUUGAACAAGACGACUCUAUUCAGACUAGGCCUCAGGACCGCUUCGUUUGGUGGUGCCGCCGCUAUUGCUGCCAUUUUCUACACCUCUGGAAUUCCCCGCAUCCAGCGCGACAUCCUUCAGCCUAUCCCCUUCUUCGGAAAGUUCUUUAUCAAGGAGGAGGUUCCUGCGUCCGACAACCCCUUCUAG